AUGUUAAGAGUUAUCCAAAGACUUGAAGAAGAGAGUGAUUUACAAAGUGGAAUUCUUUUGGACCAAUUCUUACAUGUUCGAAAAAUGGAUCAAAAGCUUGUAGAUAUUCAAUCUCUCAAUAUUGCUAUGAUGCGAUCGAAUAACUCUUCAACCCAUAGAGUAACCGGUACAACAGGAUUUACAUCACCAACUAUGACUUCUGCUACAUUAACUGGAAAUGAUCUUACAACUGGAAUCACUUCCUCAUCAUCAACUUCUACUAUCUCCAAUCUUAGUCCUCUUGUAGAUCCUCGUGAACUAGAUGCAAACCUUUUGGAAUUAUCACUGAUCAGUCAACGCGCCUCUCUUUUCCAAGGUUUCCUACAUGAACGAGCAAAUGAAGAAAUGGAAAAACUAGAUGAUACAAACGAUCCUGCUACUGUUUUGGAUACCAGCUCCACUACGGAAUCAACAACAACAACAACAAAAAAUGCUACCAUAAUAAAUGUAAUGACAGGAAAGGAUAGACGGUUUUAUGGUGAAAAUGGUUUAUUGACCUCCUCUGGUUUAUCUAAACGUAUCAAAGAAGUUAUGAAUUCAUUUUUGGUCAUUGAUGAAUAUCUAUUGAAACGAAGUAUGGAAAAGGCAAUGGAAUUGGAUAAUUAUGAUGCAUCCUCAAGUCAAACUUCUACCUGUGUGGAUGAUGUAUUUUAUAUAUUGAAAAAAGUGAUGAAACGUAGCAUAUCAACUUAUCAACCGGAUUUGGUCAUGGCUACUGUUCAAACUGUAUUGAAAUCUGUGGAAACUGGCUAUUCUCAGCUUCUCCAACAACGUCUAGUCAAUGCCUUUUCGAGUACUGAUACAUCAUCAUCAAGAUUGGAUCGUGCUAUGGAACAAGCGAAAAUCAGUUAUAUGGUAACUUUGAACAAUUUGGAUGUUAGCGCUGAUUAUACCGAAAGACUUAUCGAAGACAUGAAACAAACAUCAAGAUCAACUAUUUGGCAAGACGAAGAACAUGAUUUGAUCAUUGUUGAUAAGGCAUUAGAAAAGUUACAAGCACUAUCAAAUAACUUCAAUCGACUAUUACAGAAUGGAAUGGAACAACUUUUGGGACAGACAAUCAAACCAAGAAUUCGGCCUUUAUUUCAAGAAUCAUAUCGUGAAGUCAAAUAUGUGUUGGAAGAGGAUGAAUACAAUGAAGCAGAUUUAGAUGAAGUAUUUAUGAAACGAUUUCGGCAUGGAUUCGACAAUAUGAUCAAUUCUUAUCGCAAAGCCUUGACCGAUUCCAAUUUCGCCACAUUGAUGAGUAUGGUUUUGGACGCAUUGACAUUACAAUGGGAAAGAAUUGUUCUGCAAACUCGAUUCAAUCAAUAUGGCUCUUUACGAUUCGAUAAAGAUUUACGCUCGGUAAUCCAAUACCUAUCUAGCAUGACUGAUUGGUUCUCUCGUGAUAAAUUUACAAGACUUAAUCAAAUCGCAACCCUAUUGAACUUUGAAGAGCCAUCUGAGAUUUAUCAUUGUUGGGGUACCAAAUCUGGACCUGUUAGUUGGAGAUUGACAGUGGCUGAAGUCAAAAAGGUACUCUCACUUAGAUUAGAUUUUGAUAUCGAUGAAGUUACUAGUUUAACAUUGUAG